CUCCUUCCACUGACGCAGUCCGUGCCGCACCAGCUCUAACAUGGCGGCGAGGCGCUAAGGAGCGCGGGGCGACGCGGGCCGCGAGCGGGUAUUAAAAUUUUCGAAGCCAUGGGAGUAAAGGUCCAGAGACCUCGUUGCUUUUUCGACAUAGCCAUCAACAAUGUACCUGCUGGAAGAGUGGUCUUUGAACUAUUUUCAGAUGUGUGUCCAAAGACAUGUGAGAAUUUUCGCUGCCUUUGCACAGGUGAAAAGGGUACAGGAAAAUCCACCCAAAAGCCAUUGCAUUACAAAAGUUGUCUAUUUCACAGGGUAGUGAAAGAUUUUAUGAUCCAAGGCGGUGACUUCAGUGAAGGAAAUGGCAGGGGAGGAGAAUCCAUUUAUGGUGGCUUUUUUGAAGAUGAAAGCUUUGCUGUAAAGCACAACAAAGAAUUUCUUCUUUCAAUGGCCAACCGAGGAAAGGAUACAAAUGGUUCACAGUUCUUUAUAACUACUAAACCUACACCUCACUUAGAUGGACAUCAUGUUGUUUUUGGACAAGUCAUCUCAGGUCAAGAAGUUGUGAGAGAAAUAGAAAACCAGAAAACAGAUGCGUCUAGUAAACCAUAUGCUGAAGUACGCAUACUGAGUUGUGGAGAGUUGAUUCCAAAAUCCAAAGCCAAGAAAGAAGACAAGAAAAGGCACAAGUCGUCUUCCUCAUCCAGCGACUCAGAAAGUUCAAGUGAUUCAGAAUCAUCUUCUGAUUCGUCAUCGGAUUCUGAGAGUGCUUCAGAAGAGAAAUCUAAAAAGCGAAAAAAGAAACACAAGAAAAAUUCCAAGAAACAUAAGAAGGAAAAGAAAAAGAGAAAGAAAAGCAAGAAAAGGUCAGUAUUGAGGGUUGUUUUUUGUUUUUUGCUUUUUCUAACAUAUUCCUGUGCAGUAUUGUUUUCCUAUCCUGUAACAACACAAAGAUAUGAAGUUGUCUUUAUCUUCUUUCCUUCUUUGAUGUUACAAACAAUACUGAUUUUUAUUUUUAGUAAUCUAUCGAAUUCCCAGUCAACAUACCAGAGAAGGCUGCUGGUGACAAGAUCGGGAAGGAAAAUAAAAGGAAGAGGACCAAGGCGUUACCGGACUCCUUCCAGAUCCAGGUCAAGAGAUCGAUUCCGACGCAGUGAAACUCCUCCACAUUGGAGGCAAGAAAUGCAAAGAGCUCAAAGAAUGAGAGUGUCAAGUGGAGAAAGAUGGAUAAAAGGAGACAAGAGUGAAAUAAAUGAAAUCAGGAAAGAUAAUCAAAAAAGCCCAGGAAGAGGAAGGGAGAGAAAAACAUCAGACCACAGACAAGUUUCUGAAAGUCCAAGCAGAAGAGGGGAAAAAGAGAAGAAAAAAGAUCAUAAAUCCAGCAGUAAAGACAGGGAGACGAGAAGAAAUUUGGAAAAAGAUGACAAGCAUAAUAGAAGCAAGACCAAGAAAAGAGGCAAAUCUAGAAGCCAUAGUAAAAGCAGAGAGAAAUCAAGAAGUAAAGAAAGAGACUCCAAACACAGCAGACAUGAUGAGAAGAGAAGAUCAAGAAGCAAAGAGAGGGACCGUGAGAAAGACAGAGAAAAAGAAAAGCACUAUGAUUCUAGAGGGAGAGAUAAAGAAAGAAGUAGGAGUAAAGAGAGAAGCAGAAGGGCAGGUUCAAGAAGUAAUGAACAUGACCAUAGGAAGAGUAAAGACAGGGAGAAACACAAAUCAAGAAGCAGAGAGCGUGAGCAUGCUAGAGGAAAACAUAGUUCCAGCAGUAGAACAAGGGAACGAAGCAAAAGCAGAGAGAGGGGUAGAAGGGGUAGAUCAAGAAGCAGAGACAGAGAUCGCAGUCGAAGUAAGGAAUAUUCAAGGAACAGGGAUAGAGAAUCAAGAAGAAGACGAUCAAGAAGCAGAGAAAGGAGAGGUACACCAGAUAGAUACAGAGGAAGAGAAAAUAGGAGGAGGAGAAACUCGAGGAGCUCAGAGAGAGAGGAAAGUCAGAGCAGAAACAGAGAAAGAUACUCAAAUAGAGAAAGUAGAAGCUCAUAUAGGAGGAAUGAUAGUGAAAGCCAAAGGAAGAGGCAUUCAAAAAGCCAUGAAAGUAGCAGUCCUGAAUCCAGUAAAGGUAAGAAGUCUAGUAGAGAUCAAGAUAGAAGUCCAGAUUCAAAAAAGAGACCAAGUAGCAAAGAGAGAGAAUCAAAAUCGUACUCACACAGGAGUAAUGAAAAGGAAAAGACCAGAUCCUCAGCUGAAAAAGAAAUUAACCAAAAAUCAGAGAGUCAGGACAGAGAUCAUGCCCCUAGUAAGGAUAAGAAAUCUGAUCGUGAAACAAGUCCUGGAACAGAUGAUGACAGGCAUGGAUGAGUGUUUGGACUUAAUGUUUCCAUUGUCUCAAAGUUUUAGAGACGUUUUGAGGAACGCCUUUUUUUAAGAUGUGGACUUCAGUUUGGUCUUUUGAUAAUCUAAAACCUGGAUCAUUUGUACUGCUAAAGUUUUAAUAAACUUGAAAUGAAAAAUUCUACGUGUAA